AUGUUGGUGCUGUUUGAGACUCCGGCGGGGUACGCUAUAUUUAAGUUGCUGGAUGAAUCCAAAUUAUCUCAGAUAGAUGAUUUGUAUCAAGAAUUUAACACACCGGAAGGUGCAGCAUCUGUUGUGAAGUUAAAAAACUUCAUUAAAUUUGAGGAUACCACAGAAGCUUUAGCUGCAACUACUGCAGCAAUUGAAGGAAAACUGUCCAAAACAUUAAAGAAAGCUCUAAAAAAACAUGUCUGCAAAGAAAUUCAAGAUCAAUUACUCGUAGGAGAUGCUAAGCUUGGUAGUGCAAUCAAAGAAAAGUUUGACCUACAAUGUGUUUCCAAUUCUAAUGUACAGGAGCUGUUGAGAUGUAUUCGCUCGCAGAUGGACAGUCUUUUAACUGGAUUGCCAAAAAAAGAAAUGACAGCCAUGGCACUUGGUUUAGCUCAUUCUCUGUCAAGAUACAAGCUGAAAUUCUCACCCGACAAAAUUGACACCAUGAUAGUCCAAGCCCAAUGCCUUCUCGAUGAUUUAGAUAAGGAAUUAAACAACUAUGUUAUGAGAUGUAGAGAAUGGUAUGGUUGGCAUUUCCCGGAACUUGGAAAAAUUAUUACAGACAACACAUUGUUUGUAAAAAUUGUAAAACUUAUGGGCACGAGGGAUAAUGCAGCUAAAACUGACCUUUCCGACAUCCUUCCUGAAGAUUUAGAGGAAAAAGUUAAAGAAGCAGCUGAAAUAUCUAUGGGUACAGAGAUUUCUGAUGAUGAUAUCAUGAAUAUACAGCAUCUGUGUGAUGAGAUUAUUUCCAUUACAGAUUAUAGAACACAUUUGACAGAUUAUCUUAAGGCAAGAAUGAUGGCUAUGGCGCCUAACUUGACAGUUUUAAUUGGGGAGCAUAUAGGGGCUAGAUUAAUAGCUCAUGCUGGUUCACUAAUGAACUUGGCAAAGCAUCCCGCUUCAACUAUACAGAUAUUUGGUGCCGAGAAGGCACUCUUUAGGGCAUUGAAAACAAAGAAAGAUACCCCUAAGUAUGGUUUGAUAUAUCAUGCACAGUUAGUUGGGCAAUGUAGUACAAAAAAUAAAGGAAAAAUGUCAAGAAUGUUGGCGGCUAAGGCCGCUCUAGUUACAAGAGUUGAUGCUUUCGGUGAUGAUGCUUCAUUUGAACUCGGAGCAGAGCAUAAAGUCAAAUUGGAAAACAAAUUGAGGCUUCUAGAAGAAGGAAAUCUGAAAAGACUAAGUGGAACUACUAAAGCUAUGGCAAAGUUUGAAAAAUAUCACAGUAAAUCAGAGGUAUUUGAAUACUCAAUGGCAGCUGACAGUACCUUGGAUAAGAAACCCAUCAAGAGAGAACAUUCUCCCGAUGAAGAUGGAGUUUCCACUAAAAAGAUCAAACUUGAAGAUGGUGUUGCUAAUGUUAAAGUCAAAAAAGAAAAGAAAAUAAAAACAGAAGAUUUAAAAGUAAAGGUAGAGCCUAAAGAAGAACCAGAGAAUGGAGACGCAGAAGUUCCUGAAAAGAAGAAAAAGAAGAAGAAGUCGAUAGCACCUGAAGCGUCAGAAGAUAAUGACGCAACACCAGCACCGAGCAGUGAAAAGAAGAAGAAGAAGAAAUCUUUAGUCACAGAAGUAAAUGAAGAAAAUAAUGUGGAAGCACCUGAACCAAGCAGUGAGAAGAAAAAAAAGAAAAAAAGACAGUCAAAAGUUGAUGAGGAA